AAAAUUUCUUUUCACCAUCACUAUACACUAUUCUCUCUGUCUAAUGUUAGCCUUUAGUAUGAAUAUUAUUAGAAAAAGGAUACCAACAAUUAUUCUUCUUGUAAUUUUUGUUGGAUUUGUGCCAAAAUAUGUAUUGAGCCAAUACUGUGGCUGUCAAGCACAUUUGUGUUGCAGUGAAUUUGGUUACUGUGGCACUGGUUCUGCCUAUUGUGGCAAUGGCUGCCAAGAAGGGCCUUGUUAUAAUAAUGAAACCACACCAUCUUCUCAUAAAUAUUCGCCUCCUUCACCGCCAUUACCGUCCACUUGUCACUGUCCAUCGAAUCUGUGCUGUAGCCAGUACGGUUAUUGUGGCUCCGGCGAGGAUUAUUGUGGCAUUGGAUGUCGAGCAGGUCCAUGUUAUGAUCGACUUCACCCUAACAAUGUUUCUAUAGAGGACAUUGUGACGGAGGAAUUUUUUCAUUAUAUAAUUAAUCAGGCAGGAUCGGGCUGUCCCGGGAAGAGGUUUUAUACGAGAGAUGCAUUUCUAAACGCUACCGAUGCGUAUUAUUUGUUUGGUAGAGUUGGUUCGCAUGAUGAUUCUAAGCGUGAGAUUGCAGCUGCCUUCGCACAUUUUACUUAUGAAACUGGACAUUUUUGUUACAUAGAAGAGGCAAAUGGUGCAUCAAAAGACUACUGCGACGAGUCGAACUCAUUGUAUCCCUGUGCUCCCGGAAAGCUCUACUAUGGGCGAGGACCGAUCCAACUCUCAUGGAAUUUCUACUAUGGACCAGCUGGAAACGAUAUUGGAUUUGAUGGAUUAAACUAUCCUGAAUAUGUUGCCACUGAUCCUCUCAUUUCUUUCAAAACUGCCUGCUGGUUCUGGGUGAACAAAGUUCAAUAUAACUUGCAGCAAGGAUUUGGUGCAACAAUUAGAGCCCUCAAUUCUGCGGAAUGUAAUGGAGGAAACCCUGCGGCUGUUAAGGCUCGAGUUAACUAUUACCUUGAUUAUUGCAAAGGGUUUGAUGUGGAUCCAGGACAAAAUCUGUAUUGCUAAGGCUCGAGUUAAUUAUUAUGGAAUAAUCAAUGCCUCUAGCUUGAUAGUUACAGGGGCUAGGAAUGGUUAAACUUGGUGUGUAACCAGUCAUUAUAAUUAAUAAAUAAAGAGGAGAACAAUAAAUUAAGGUUGAUGUAAUCAUCCAUCAAGUUGUUAUUUAUUUGUUUUGUGUUGCAAAAAAAUACCCGAAGUUAUAAGAAUUUAUCUA